AUGGUCCUCGCAGUCCCCACCGCCAGCCUUGAGGGCAAGGUCGCUUUGAUCACCGGCGCCGGUCGCGGAAUUGGCAGGGGCGUUGCCCUCGAGCUCGCCCGCCGUGGUGCAUCAAUCGUCGUCAACUACGUCUCCUCGGCCGGUCCAGCCCAAGAAGUCGUCGAUGAGAUUCACUCGUACAACAACGGCGCCCGUGCCGUCGCCAUCCAAGCCGACGUGUCCAAAGUUUCCGAGAUCACGCGGCUCUUCGCCGAAGCCAAGCAAGCCUUGGGCCGCCUCGACAUCGUCAUGUCCAACAGCGGCACCGAGUCAUGGGACAAGACGGAGGAGGUGACCGAGGAAAAGUACGAUCACGUCUUCAACCUCAACGCGCGCGCUCAGUUCUUUGUCGGCCAGGCCGCCUUCAAAAACCUCGAGCAGAACGGCCGGCUGAUCCUCAUGACGAGCAUCGCCGCGGGGCUCAUGGGCGUCAGGAACCACGCGCUGUACAACGCCAGCAAGAUGGCGGUCAUUGGCAUGGUCAAGGCGUUUGCCACCGACUUCGGCGUCAAGGGGAUCACCGUCAACGGGGUCGCGCCCGGCGGCAUCAAGAGCGACAUGUUCACGCAGAACGCCUGGCACUACAUCCCCGGCGGCACGCCCGAUAUGCCCGCGGAGACGAUUGAGAAGCUGAUGGCGGAGCACUGCCCGCUCGGCCGGUGUGCCGUGCCCGAGGAUGUUGCCCGCGUGGUAGCCUUCUUGGCGAGCGAGGACGGUGGCUGGGUCAACGGUCAAGUCAUUACCAUCUCGGGCGGGUCUUCUCAGUAA